GUCGACUUCAGGGUGAUGUCGUUGAAUUCUGAUUGGCCCAAUUGAUGACUUCAUGGUGACGGUCACGAAUCUCUUGCCCGGAGGCUGAUGGCCUCAUAGGUGGUGCCUUUCUCACGCUCAAAAGUGGAUCUCAAAUGCUUUAAACAUCAGUGAGAACACAGAACAACCUAAUAGUUCCAAAGUCUCCGCUACGAGUCGCCGCUAUCUUCAAAAAAGAAAGUCGUAAUGUAACUCAACGGCAGGCCAGACGGACUUUAAUUUUCAAGUGAUACGACUCAACAGUGGAUUCGAUCUUUUUUACUUCCAAACCAGAUUUCACAGCAGUUAGUAUUGUUGAUCGAGACACUUUCUCGCGUGUGCGUGACAGAACGGCCUCGAUGAAGUCUCAACUUCGAAAGAAACAAAUAUAUAACCUAGCGUUGAAGAAAAAAAAAACGAAGUUCCAAUGCAGCACUAGUUCGGCUGAGAAGAACAGGCCUAUUGUUUUCGACUCGUAUAAUAAACUCUGUUGAACGCAUCGCAAAACUCAAUAUAUUCUCAGCCCUUUUCGCAGCGAUUCAAACUCGCUUUGGUCGAGAACGUCGUGCACUUUGUCGUUCUUUGGAGAAACGAAGCCACACGUUGCCGUGUCGUGUGCGAGAUAUCCAUGAGAGUAUUCGAAUAUUUCAGGUAAAUCUUUUUUUUUUUUUUUUACACGAACGGAUCAAGAUGGCAGCGAUAAUCGAGUAGACGCAAGGAUCGUGUCUCUUGAAGCAGACAGCAAAAUUGUACGCUCCGGAUAUCCUCCCGGUGCCGGCCGUACAAGUAACUUGGUGGCGUGUUCCUUGAAUUUCGGGGAGUUAUCGUGAGUUUAUACGAAUAAAAAUGACCGAGGAAACUCAACAAUCGGAGGCUGUCGUGCAAAACGACGUUGGUGCUGUACAGAAUGAUACGCAGACGAACUCGUCGGAUGUCGGGAAAAUUAGGGACAAUAAGAAAGAAAAAUGUCGUCCCAUGACGAAGGUGGUGAUCAGGCGAUUGCCUCCAACAAUGACGCAGGAACAAUUUCUGGAGCAGAUCUCUCCGCUGCCAGAACACGAUUACUUUUAUUUCGUGAAAGCUGACAUGUCCCUCGGCCAGUUCGCGUUUUCUCGCGCUUAUCUAAAUUUCACAGAUCAGCAAGAUAUCUUUGUGUUCCGGGAGAAAUUCGACAAUUACGUCUUCGUAGACUCCAAAGGUGUGGAAUACUCUGCGGUGGUAGAGUUCGCACCUUUUCAAAGAUUAGCGAAGAAACGACACGGUAAGAAGAAGGAUGUCAAAUGUGGCACUAUCGAGAGCGAUACAUAUUACACGAGCUUUCUAGAGAGCUUAAAGAACCAGGAAAUCGACUCGAACAUAGCGCAAUCGAAGACCGAAUAUUCUUACCAACCACCAGACAACACAACAAAGAAAAUCACAACGACCCCGCUGCUCGAGUACCUAAAGCAGCGCAAGCAAGAGAAGCAACGUCUCAGAGAUGAAAAGCGCGAGGAGAGGCGAAGGAGGGACCUGGACAGGCGGAGAACGAAAGACGAUCCUAUUAUUUCUAAGCACACGCACAACACAGAAGUCGAUAGGUCACCCAAGCUCACCAUAUUACGCCCCGCGAAAAUCCGGGUGGAACAUUUGUUGCUUCCAAAGUUUGUCAAAAAUGUUCUGAAGAAUCCGGACCUGGACAGAGAGUCCAGUAAGGACGACAAGGAGAACAAGGACGAGAGGGAUAAGCUUUCGCCGAAGGACCUGAAGAACAGGAAUAAGAGGGACGACAAGGUGCGGGAGAAGACGUCGCGGGAUCGAGAGGCCAAGCCCAUCCUCAAGGGCUACAGGGAUCGAGUGGACGAGAGGAACAAAGAUCGCGAGAUCAAGCAGAGACGGUACGAUGAGAAGAAGCUUUAUGGGAGGCGCGAUGAGAGAGAGGGCGCGAAGGAGGACAAGAGGAUCGACCUGAGGGACGACAGGAGAUACGAGGCGAAGGAGGACAGGAAGGUGGAGGAGAAGCGCGGCAAAAGUUAUGAGAAGAUGAGGCAGGAGAAGAAGAAGUUGGCGGAGACGAAGAAGCAGAUGGCCGACGCGAACGUGAGCAGCGAGGCCAGCCCGAAGAAGGUGCGGGAGGAGCACGACAGCGUGCAAGAGAUCGAGGACACGAGCGGAAGUGUCCGAGAGUCCGCGCACGACGACGACGACGAAGAUCUCAAGCAACGAGACAACGAACGAAUGCAACGCAACGCCGCUGUCGAGGACAGGGUGACUGGCGAAGACGCGUUGGAACAUCGCCGGGAAGCUGCCGAACGAGGGAACAGCGUAGACAACGCGGACAUGAACGAGGACGAAUCCGAGGCGAAGAUGGAGUCGAAAGUCGUGAAGAGACGAAGCUCGCUCGAGAGCGGCGGCGAAGGCGGUACCGGUGACGGUAACUGCUUAAGACGUCACAAAUCGUUGGACGGAGGAGGUCAAAGCAAUUUGCAGAAGAGCGAGAGCGAAGAGAAGGAAAAGGAUAAGAAAGAUCCGCGAUUGGAGCGUAGGAUAAGGAAUAAGGACCGUCCGGCGAUGGAGAUCUACCGACCCGGCAUGGGCAAGUUCAGCAAGCAGAGGCUGGAGCGCGAGAAGUCCAACAACGACGAACGAGCGUCCCUCUCGCAGAGCCCCACGCCGAAUCCCGGGGCGCCUGUCAGCGGGAAGCCCGGCAAAUCCGCGACGGAGGUGCGCUCGAUGACCUUCAAACGCAGCGUCAGUCGAGACGUGGCGUAACGAAUCUCCUCGUCCGCACAGUCUAUACGCGUCGUACUGCCGAGAAACCCGAUUCUAACGGGAUUGCGAUCCCGCUCGGUCGUUUCAGCAAUUCCGGUCCUUUCGCCGUAAAUGGUUCUCCUCCCCCUCGCUAUACAGUCGAUACGGUUUAAAAAUCGCAACACUUUUCUCCUUCGAUGAGUUUCGCAACACACUCGGUGCCCAGUAAAAUUUGUUUGUUAGCAGCUCUCAGGAGGAUUUUGUAUCGCGUAUACAAGAUGCGUUGUGCGAAAGUCAUCGAAAACUUAAAAAAAAAAAGUGUAACCGUUAAUCUGCCAACUAUGUGCGUAUCGUCGGUUACAAAAAGCUCGCAGCACCUUUUUUCUAGUAAGUUUCGAAACGCAUCCGGUGUCUAAUGGGAGGAUUUGUUUCUCAAUAAUUCUCAACUGUGUUUAGUAAUUCUCACUCACUAUUGAAUACGAGAUGCCUCGGGGAAUUCGAACGUCGAAAAAAGUGUCGCAGCCUUCUCGUGACUGACCAUACAUCAUAGAAGAUACACGUCGCCAUCUUCGCGUGUCGCGUGUUCGAGAACACGUUCCUCACAACACGCGCGCACACUUGGUCCUACGGUUUUCUCGCGUCUCGCGUGCUCCUCGUGCCGCGACAGGGAGACGCGAAUUUUUAUGAGCUGUGAUGUUGGCAUUUGUCAUUGACAAAUCAAUAAAUACAACGUAUAAUCUACCACAAU